GUCGAGUCGACCACUCCUGUCCUUGAAGCGAAGAGACAGACAGGACUUGUUCUUCUUCGACAUCGUCUUCUUCUUCUUUGGUGUACAGAGUCCUUCGUUUUAUAAAGAGAGAGAGAGAGAGGGAGGGAGACAUAGACAGAGAGGGAUCAGACGAAAACGACAUCGUUAAAAAGAGGGAACUUUUGAAAUUAAAGGAAACGUUUGAGUGCGUGCGUGCGUGCCUAGACAUAUCGAUACGUAUACUCCCCCGAGAUUUAUAUACGUUUCUCUCUAUCGAGUUGUGUUUUUUUCUUCCUAGAUCUUUGGUCGGAAACAAACAAGCUCGCGGUCUCUGUGAUCCGGCGCCGUCUUGAUCCAGGAAAAAACUGAGAGAACAGAACAGGUGAAGUUGCCUGAGCAGUUGCAGUAAUGCAAUAAAGUUGUCUUUUUUUGGGUUUUUAAAGAGAUGAAGGCAGUUAAAGGGUGGCGUCUAUGCGGAACAAGUUAUAUGCAGUCUUUGCCUGGAGCUCGCCACCACCGUGCUCCUACUACAACAAGGAAGCCAGUAUGGAUCAUCAUGGCAGUGGUUUCUCUGAUAACAAUGUUUGUAAUCGGUGGUUACGUGUUCCCUCACCACAGAAGAGCUGCUUGUUAUUUGUUUUCUUCUAAAGGAUGCAAAGGGCUUACCGAUUGGCUUCCACCUUCUCCUAGGGAGCUUUCUGAUGACGAGGUUGCGGCUCGUGUGGUGAUUAGGGAGAUAUUGAGCUCCCCUCGUGUUAUAAAAAAGACUAGUAAGAUUGCGUUUAUGUUCUUAACUCCUGGGACUUUGCCUUUUGAAAAGCUGUGGGACCUCUUUUUCCAGGGUCAUGAGGGGAAGUUUUCUGUGUAUAUCCAUGCAUCGAAGGAUACGCCGGUUCACACCAGUCGUUACUUUCUUAACCGUGAAAUUCGAAGUGAUGAGGUGGUAUGGGGUAGGAUAUCAAUGAUUGACGCUGAGAGACGUUUGUUGACAAGUGCUCUUAGAGAUCCUGAAAAUCAGCAAUUUGUUUUACUCUCUGAUAGUUGUGUGCCGCUUAGAAGUUUUGAUUACAUGUACAACUAUAUGAUGUACAGCAAUGUUAGCAAUGUUGACUGCUUUGAUGAUCCUGGUCCACAUGGAAUCGGCAGGCAUAUGGAUCACAUGUUGCCCGAAAUUCCAAAGGAAGAUUUUAGAAAGGGUUCACAGUGGUUCUCCAUGACGCGUCAGCAUGCAGUCAUGACUAUGGCAGACAGUCUAUACUACUCAAAGUUCCGGGACUACUGUGGGCCAGGUGUAGAGAGUAACAAGAACUGCAUUGCUGAUGAACACUACCUCCCAACAUUCUUCUAUAUGCUUGAUCCUGGUGGCAUUGCUAACUGGACUCUUACAUAUGUUGAUUGGUCUGAGGGAAAGUGGCAUCCAAGAACAUUCAUGCCUGAAGAUGUCUCACACGAGUUACUUAAAAACCUCACGUCCAUCGACGCUGUUUCACGCGUAACAAGUGAAGGCACGGGAAUAGUAACAUGGACACAAUGCAUGUGGAACGGAAUCAAAAGACCUUGCUAUCUCUUUGGAAGGAAGUUCCACGCAGAUGCUCUCGAUAAACUGAUGGAUCUCUUUCCAAUGUACACAAGUGGUUUUGAUUGAUCGAUGAAAAUGCAAAGCAAAGGAGGUAUUGUUUUGACUCGAAUUCUUUGACCAACGUCCCAUUAUAUUUUGAAGGAACCAAGUUUUGAACUUUGAGGAACUGUAUCAUGGAACCCCCUAGAAGAUGUAACUCGCUGCAAAGUCCUUUUGAGAGCAUAGAAAAAAAGAAAAGCGUAGUGAUCUUGAGAAGCAUAAGAAAGUUUCAUUUGGUUGGGGACGUUGGGACAUUUUUAACUAUACUGUUUUCACUACGUUUCAUUGUUAAUCUUUUCAGAGUGACUUUUGUUUUUCUCUUCUGUUGAAAUCGCUAUUAAGCAUUAUCAUUUUUUCAGACAGGAAUCUGUAGAACUACAUUCUUAUUAUUGCAUAUUAUUAUAAAACAAAAAAUAGCUGAAGCUCCAA